GUGCGCCACACACUCAUCGUUGGUGUGUUCCCAGUUAAGGUGGAAGCGAGUUGCUGUUUGAGAUCCUUUGUUGGUUCAUCUGCAUCACUCAGAUCCAUCACACUGUUUCGCAGAUCAGUCCGAUGUGAUGUAAAUCCUGCAGGCCUCACUAUGAAUAAAGCAUUUUCAUCGAAGAAAUCUUCCUCAUUGCCCCCACCACCUACACCAAGCACAGCUGCAUCAUCCUGUGCAAAAAAGAAGCGAAGUCCUAGAAGCCCUUUGCAGGAUCUCAACCGCAUUUCCAGCAGUAGCAACAGUAGUUAUGCUUCGAGCAGUGUCUCCACUGAAGCCCCAAAGGGAUGCCUCAGGUUUUUGUCAUCCUCUUCUUUUAGAACCCCUGUUCACAGACCCAAGAAUCUCACUAAAACUCCCAGAUCAGCCCCUCAUGCAGCUGCUUUGAAACUGUCUAAGUCUAAAUCCUCCAAGGAAAACAUUCCAAAGGGUGAUGCUGGGUUGAAAACUAAGACACUUGCAUUGGAUAAGGCGUGGAAUCAUAGGAAGAGGCCCCCUUGCCUCAACCAAUGGCAGUCUGGGAGGAAAUCAGGCUCUAGGACUGGCCAAAACCAAAUGUCCAAGCCUUGUUCUACUUUCAAAGACCGUGGCAAGUUUUUACCUAGGUUGCCAUCUGCACCGGACCAGGAGGAAAAAGAGAAUAUCUUGGUAGGCAGAAAUGAUAAUGCCGGUGAGCAUGACCAUGUCAUAUUGUGCCAUGGUGAUUUAAACUUGACUCCUUCGAGCAAAAACGCAACUGGGUCGUGUUUGGAAGAUGUUACAGUUUUUGGGGAUUUGGAGGAGAAUCCAAAUGCGAGCAUCAGUAGAACACCUCCAAUUCACAAUUCUGUUUCCCCAGAGAUACAAUGCGGGUCCUCUCUGGUUCCAAAAACAGUAACACCUACUUGUUAUGGCGCUGGCUAUGUUGUUUCUGGUGUUGUUGACAAGAGGAAAUGUAGGCCCAAAGGGAUUCUCACUGCUGAGAAGAAGUCUAUAGGCAGUGGUAAAGUAGCUGAUAGUAGUUUUGAUGAUGAUGAGAAAAAAGUAAUGGACACUAUUGACCAUACUAGUCCUUCCGUGUUACCGUUGCCAACUGAAGCUGUAGUGCAUUGGCUUUCUUCUCCAAGUAACAAGGGAAAGAACAUUCUGAAUCAGAAGUUUGAAAAUGGAUUAAAUCAAAGUCAGGGACUAGCAUCAUCCAUAACUCUUGCUUCCACUACUUCCCCAUCAUCCGGUUCCAAGACUUUUCGGGAUGUAAGUGAUAUCAGUGAUUUGUCUGGUGGUGCCAAUGGUAUCAUGAGAAAAAUCAGUUCUUCAAUUUCUCCAAAUGGGCUUGCUGAAUUUCAAGCACCCUCUGAUUACAUGCUAUCGCCUUCUUAUUCAUCCUUGUUGUUUUCUCCCAAUUCCACACCUAUUUGUAGGGCAGGUAUCUCAGGAAAAGGAAAAAGCGAUCGAUACAAUCUCAUUGAUGAGAAUUCACCCUUUUCCCUGAAUUCAUUUGGCAGUGGAAAUGUUAUUCAAACUCCACAAUCUGAUUCUAGUUCAGAAUUACAUGUUAGAUUAUCAUUGGUGCAUGCAGACAAUCAAAAGGAAAAUAAUUCUAACCCUGGCCUUAACUCAUCCAGGAACGUACUUCUAUCAGAAAGCUUCCUUCUCAAUAGUUCGAUGCCCCCGGUGGAUUCUGUUAAUUCAAGUUUUCAAUUUGAUUGUUUAAAUAUGUCUUAUGAAUCUAUUGAUCUCAGUAAACUUCCAAAAUUUUUGGAUGAUCAGGACCCUUGGUUAUCGAGUUCUACAACAGUGAAUGCUUCACAGUCCCAAAUGAGAAUAUCGUGGAGGGAAGGGUCACUGAGCCAACCUUACGAGCUAGAUGAGUGUGACUGCUGUAGAUGCUUGUCAGAUGAAGAAGAAAAUGUCAAUGACUCUGAUAUCAAUAAGUUUUCAGGUCCUCAAGUCAUUAUGGAAACGAAGGAUGGAAAAAAAUUGAGCAGUGAUAUUGCAAUUCUUGAAACUGAGGAUAAUGAACAGGAAAUUGACGGCCUUGGCAAAGAAAAGUUUCGAUCUUUGAUGUCAUGUUCAGCUGCCGAGUCCCUAAGCAUUGAUGGUGGCGGUCUAAUUGCUUCAGGGGAUAGUCUGGACGUUAUGCCGCGAGAAGAAGUUAUUUGAAGUGUGAGUCGACCCUUCGUAGUUUGAUUCAUUUGUGAAAAAAAAAACUUGUUGUAAUGUAACGUAACACCCCCUCGAUCUAGAUGGCUAUUUGAUCAAGUUCUAAACUUCCUCUAAGGCUACGUGGAAAUUCGCCUCGCUGAUGAUGUGCACUUUUCUUGUAUAUAUAACGGGGUGAAGGAAGAAUUUCGACUUGGUUGGAAGCAAAAUUUUCUCUACUUCCAAUUUAGGAAUAAUUAGUGGUUAAUCAGAUCGAUAGUGGCUACUUAGUAACCAUUCUUUGAAUAUAUCAUCUAUUGGUUGAGAAAUUGAUGCUUCAUAAACUAUACAUUUUUUACGGACACAUUUAUUUUUGUAAUGUACCCUUCUCUUUUUCCUUUCUUUGUUUCGUUCUUGUUUUUGGUGAAAUUUGUCUUUCGCUUUCCUGUUGGUUAACCAACAUGGAGACCAUUUAUAAAUAUUUGUACUGUAUCAGUUUUUAUGGCUUUGGAAAAGGUGUCUCUAAUUUGUCAA